CGACGAUAACGACAGAAAGAACACGGGCCUCUUCUCUUCUCCUCCUCCCUAUCGACGACUCGUCGUUUCGUCCCCUGCGCAACCGAAGAAUCGCUACCGGAGAUCGAAACCAGACGGAUGCGAACGAGAGAUCUCGUCGCCCUUCCGAUACGAGCCACCCCCCUCGCCGCACAGCAAUUCCACCGAUCCUCCGCCGGUCCGAGUUUCUGUGUACGCGAGCCGUGACGUCAUCGUGACAACCAUUAGAUGGAGACGAAUGUUGCUUUCAGAAGGGCUAAGUCAGUUAAUCAUUUCUCGGAUUGCACUCGUGGAUGAGUUUUAGUUCUUUCGGUGAAUUCCGCGAUCCAUCUGGUCACUUAUGUGGCCUUUAUAUCUUCUCCUAAACAAGAUUCUCAAGGCAGAAGAAGACGAGGAUAGUGUGGAAGUUCAAAGAUCGGGUGAGGGACACCCUAGUUCGGUGGAGGAUUGCAAAUGCCAUGAGGAAGUACUGCCUCGAGCACAAUUUAUUGAAGUGCCGCAUGUAAAUCAGCUUUCUCAAUGGGAUUGCGGGCUUGCUUGCAUAUCGAUGGUUUUGAGCACUAUUGGCAUCAAAACUUGCAGUGUUGGCAUGUUGGCUGACCUGUGCUGUACAAAUAGCAUAUGGACAGUUGAUCUGGCAUACCUAUUGCAGAAGUUCUCUGUUAAGUUUUCCUACUACACUGUGACAUUAGGUGCAAAUCCUGGUUACUCAGAUGAAAUUUAUUACAAGGAGCAAUUGCCCACAGAUGUAGUUCGAGUGAAUAAACUCUUUCAUGACGCUAUAGAAGCAGGAAUUUCUAUACAGUGCAGAUCAAUCAGUGAAGAACAAAUUUCUCUGUUAAUUUUGUCUGGGAAAUAUGUUGCAAUUGCAUUGGUAGACCAACAUAAAUUGAGUAGAUCAUGGCUAGAUGAUAGUUGUGCUUCUGGCUUGGGGGACAGUGUGUCUGGCUAUACAGGUCACUACAUUGUGAUAUGCGGCUAUGAUGCAGACAAAGAUGAGUUCGAGAUCAGAGAUCCUGCCAGUUCUAGGAAUCAAGAAAAAGUUACAUCAAGAUGCUUAGGGGAAGCCCGCAAAUCAUUCGGCACAGAUGAGGAUAUUCUUUUGAUAUCCUUGGAAUAGAGCAAGAAGUGCAAUAGCUCUCCUGGAAAACUUCGUUCUGCUCAUUUCGAUGGCGAUCCUUGAUGCUGGAGCGCAAGGGAUGUGAUCAGGUGCACCUACUAUACUAAACCUGAUUGUUGAUGAUGAGUACUAUAGUGGAAUUACAUGUACAGCUCUGUGGUCCACAUGCACAUUACAUGCAUGCAUUCAUUUGUAUAUGUGUAUUCAAUUGCUGCUUGUACAUCGUUGUGUAUAUCGACUUACUUCUCACCUUUACUCGGUGAUCUUGUGUACUUUUAAUGGACAAAAUUGG